GAAAGUCUGGGAUCUUGCAUGAUGGGCCUAGCUGUCUGAGAAGUGAGGCUGGAGGUUCACAAGUUCAAGGCCUGCCUGUACUACAAAGUGAGUUCAGGGCCACUUGAGACUACAGAGACCUGGUCUCAAAAUUUAAGAACAAGAAAAGAGAGCUGGGGAUACAGCUCAGUGGUGGAGUACAUACAACCCUGAGUCCUUCAUAUUGCCCCCAAAAGGUAAACGAUUUUGCACACAUAUGAAAUAAUGUAUUAUAAUAUACAACACAUUUUAUAUAUUAAAUAUAUCAUAUAUUAUAAAAUAUUAUGUAUAUAUUUCAUAGUACAAAUUGUCACUGUUGUUUUCUUGAUAUUUCAUGAUAGAAACAAAAAUAUUACUAUAGAUGAUAAGACUGUUAGUGAUUUCCCCUUCGAGUUUGUUUAAAACAUCAUUUAUUGGGGGGGCAAGUCAUAAAACAGUAUAAUUUUUUUCUUUUACAGGCGCAGAAUUGGCGUCUCACUUAACAUUAUCCAUCCCCAGCCCAAAAGCUAGGCCAGUGAUUAGGUAAAUUAAGUCAAUUGUAAUAAAGUGACUUGAAGUUUCAAGGUAGUUAAAAUAUUAAAAACCUAAUGAAAUUCAGAGUUGGUCACUGGGCUUUAACGUGAGUCGGCAGCAGACAUAAGGCCUAAAUAUGGCCCAGAAUGAAAUAUAAACAAUUGUUCCUACAAACAGCCACGAGACCUGUUUGUCCCUGUACUUGUAAUCCAAACCCCGCCUAUCUCCAAUGGGUUGGCCGCACAUCUCCAAGCCGUGUACGCUUGCCCUCCGCUACAUAAUUUACUCUGCUGAACUUGAAAAGGAGUGGAAUUUCAAAGUAGAGUUACCCAUUAGUUCCAAGGUUAAAUUUAAACCUCUAAUUAAAUUAAUCCGUUCAUCCUAAAUACUUUUCUUCUUCCUUAGAGAAGUAUCGCACGUCUUCUUAGGUGUCACAGAGCCUAAUUCAGGGUGACAAUUGUUCCAUACAGUAUGUAGUAAGUCACCCACGCCUAGAGAACUCAGCGGGGGCCUUCGGAAGUGGCUGGGCAGUCCAGAAGUUGCUCAUCUUAAAAGCACUUGUUGGGGUUGGGGCUGGUUCUUCUUAGACCCAGAGUCACUGUGUCCCUAGGCAGGAACUCAUCUUUCCGGAACAUAUAACCAGGGGCCAAACAGAAGAAUAUCAGUCCGUUUAUAGAAGAAUAAAAGACUCGCAGACAUUUGAGUGUAAGAUUAUUUUAACCUGCUCAGAUCUUCACGGAAAGCGCAAUACAUUUUCAGAGACCGAGUGAAAACCCCAGCUGUCCUUUGCUAAGAGUAUCAGGGGUGUGUAUAUUAACCAACCAGCUGGGCCAAAUAGAAGGCGCUCACACACCCAAGCAACUAGGUAGGUGCCUUUACAGCUUGGCAGCCUCCCCCUGGGUCUGAGAAAUAGUGGGGUCACAUCCCAGUGAUUAGCGGCACUUUCCGUGGGGUUGUCCACAGAGGACUCCCACGUAACUGUUAACAAGAACCGGUGUGUCCAGGCCCAUGGGUAACGCCAGAUUUGGUUAUUGGGUCAGGUGCAAAGGCUCCAGGUGGUCGCCCCAUAACUCUUCCAGGAGCACAAGCCUGGGCUGCGGCUCACCGGACUCUAGAGACACCCGCCGCUCUCCGCCCGAGCGUACAGGGGUGACGUGCUCGCCUCCAGCACCUGGCUUCCGCGCGCCCCAGGAAUAGCUGGGACCGUGGGGAUGGGCCCGAUGAGCCCCCGCCCCGCCACGCGCCUGGGCUCUGCCUCCCUCCUCCUCUUUCACCUCCUCCUGCGCGGUCGCCUCCCGCCGCUGCGGCCUCCGCCUGCGGCUUUGUUUUCCUCCCAGGUCUCUUUCCCCACACGUGAUACUGUGUUAUUGCAAAGAGCGCUCUGGAGCGCGAGCGCGGGGCGCGCGCACUUAUAAAUACGGACCGCCCGGCCGGGAGCUCGUGAUCGCGCGGCACGGAGGGCCCGGCCAGGCGCGCGUGGGUCCCGGACGCGGAGGGUGAGCCAGGCGCGUGUGGGUCCCAGCGGCGCCCGAGCGCCCAGGGCCGAGCAUGGCCCGCCCGCGGGAGGGCAGGGCCGCCUCGCACACCGCCCGCGCCCCGCGCCCUGCCCAGCCCGGGUCGCCGGGGCUCGCGGCCGCCGCUUAGCACUCGGCACCCGCCACUCGCUUCUCCGGCACCGCGGAACUGACGCCGCACACGGACACAAUGGCGGCGGCGACCGCCACCGCGGGCACGGCCGCUUGCAGCAGCAGCAGCAGCAGCAGCAGUCGCGGCGGCGGCACGGACGCCGCGGCCACCGGCGGGGUGCAGCCGCCGCCGCCUCCCGCCACCGCGCCGCCCGAACCUCUCCGUAAGCCGCGCAUGGACCCGCGGCGCCGCCAGGCUGCUCUGUCCUUCCUCACCAACAUUUCUCUGGACGGACGGCCGCCGCUGCAGGACCACGAGUGGGGCGGCGGCGAGGAGGGCGGCGCGGCCAAGCCCGGAGCAAGAGCUCGGUUCAGCCUGCUGGCCGCCGGCUGCAACGCGUUCUCAGCACCGGGCACGGCGGCCGCGCCGUGGAUCGCCGGCUCCGGUUCCAGCCCUUGCCCGCUGCCUCCGUCCCUGGUCCCCCGGGUGUUGGGAGAGCCAUCUCAGCCGCCCCGCUCAGCCCCAGCCGUCACUGGUGCUCAGCUGCAGUUGCCUGACGGGCCCGGAGGCGCAGGGCAGGAGGAACUGGAGGAGGACGAUGCCUUCACCAACGUGCAGGUGCCACCGGCCAGCUUCUUGGGCUCCGGGACCCCCGGGAGUGCGAGCGGCAGUCGGGGCCGCCUCAACUCGUUCACUCAGGGAAUCCUGCCCAUCGCCUUCUCCAGGCAGAACUCGCAGAACUACUGCGCUUUGGAGCAGUCAGGCCAGGGUGGCAGCACUACCGCCUUGGAGCAGCUGCAGAGGUCCCGACGUCGCCUCAUCUCCCAGAGAUCAUCUUUGGAGACCCUGGAAGACAUUGAGGAGAAUGCCCCUCUCCGGAGAUGUCGAACACUCUCGGGUUCUCCCAGACCAAAGAAUUUUAAGAAAAUUCAUUUUAUCAAGAACAUGCGACAGCACGAUACCAGGAAUGGCAGAAUAGUCCUUAUCAGUGGCAGAAGAUCCUUCUGUAGUAUAUUUUCCGUGCUGCCGUAUCGAGACAGUACCCAAGUCGGAUACUGGGGAUGCAGGAGGAGAACUUAUCCUCCUGAACUUACUGUGUGGAAAAGAAGACACAUCAGUUUACAUACAAAACUAGCCACCUCUUUUCAUAGAUGCUGAAGAUGUCCCAACAGGUGACUACUGCCUUCUCUCUGGCUUCUCUAAGAUAAUUUGGCCAUACAUUUCAUCUUUGAAGUGUUCAUGGUAGGUUCAUUCUUGAAGGGUCAGUUUCUAUGUGUGCUUACCCCUUACUGCUAUGCCAUUUAAUAGAUAAUAUCUGUGAGAGCAGCGGUCCCAGGCAAGAGAGGGAGUGGUGAACCAGUUAUAUGGCUCCCACCUUCACGAAGGUCCCCCCUCCCGUGCAGACAGGUGACAUGAAUUCCACAUCCGUGGAAAUCUUCUUAGGAUAGGCAGCAUCGGUGCUGUCUGCUUUCCAGAGGGUGACUGAGGCUCACAGGAGCUUGCAGACUCAGGUUCCCAGCACAGCACUCAGGAUACUGAGAGGUAAGUGGGACCCACUAGUCAGGACCCCAUUUUACUGACAGCAGAAUUGGAGGGGCAGUAUAGAGAACCGUGAAGGUUUAUGCUUCUCACAAGAAUGUCUGAAUGGAGAUCAUCCAAACCAUCUCACUGUGGCUCCAUGUGGCCUUCUACAUUUUUAGAUACCUCAGCGAACUACAAGCUGGCAGGCAGCUCGUGUUGGAGGCAGCAUCUGUCCAAGCAUGGUGUCCCUGAGGCUGGGAAGGCCUGCCUCUUUGCCACCUGUGGAUCUGACUGCUCUGCCUGUGGUACUCAGUGAAGACCUAGAUAGAACUUCUGCAUCUUAGACAUGAGCAGAUUCAAGUCCACCACUUCUCCAAGGAUUAGAGUCAAGGAAACUAAGGGACCUAACAAUGAAUUCUAUAACCAAAGAACACAGUCAGUUUCUCUGUAAGGCCUCACACGCUAACCAGCCUGUGGUCAGUAACAAAUUCUACAGUCUUCCAAAGUGCUGGAGAAACUCUGAACGUGAUGCCAAAUACUGCACUCCAGUGGCUGGGGGUGCUCUGUGCUCUUGACAGUUUAAUAAGCCUGUAUCCUGUUUAUGAAUUCUACUCCAUUUGCUGUAAUUAUCCACUGAUAGCUACAGUUCUUUCAUUAAUGGGAAAUAACUGUGCUCAAAUAAUAGAGCUGUAUUAAUAAACAUAUCUAAGAAAAUAUGUCUGUCUGUAUAGUACAAAAGUAUUUAUGAGUAAACACUGGUGUUCUAUAACACAUUCCCACUGUGGAGUAUGCCUCCUUUUGCCCCAAAUAUUCUUCCUGUGACACAGCUCCAUCUGUCAUAGGGGUUCAAGGGUAAAAGCCAUCAGAGGUCAGAAAAUCUGUCCUUCCUGCUUUGUGUCCAGGGUGGCCACAGUUAUACAAGGGUGGAGUGAGCUUGUAUAUCAGCCCCAGAACUCCGAGCUCUGUUUUCUGGGACCCAUGGCUUUCUUUGUGCUUAUAUGUGUGGAACUGACCUCAGGCCUGAUUCCUCCAGAUCGUUAAUUGCAAACACACACAGCAGCGAAGGGUAGUCCUGCAUGGUUCUGGCUCUCACAAGCAUAUCAUAAAAACAGGAAGCUGAGCAGUUCCUCUGCGUGUAUUUGAACCUCCUCUGCAGGUCAAGCAUCUCUCAGAUUGGUAGCCUUGUCUUCCUGGGUGUUUUCUCUGUCUUCUCUUGCAGCGAGGCAGUUUCUCAACUCCACCUCCCAUUCUCUUGGCUCACCCUGCCUCACCCCCUGCUAUGGCCCCAAAGCGUUGUGCUUGGUGUUUUUACCUGAAGUGAAAACUGAUUUUGGCUCCUGGUCUCAGUUGAGCAAUGGUGACAGAUUGACAGAUGGGCAUUAGAAGAGGUUUAGCAUCCAUUCUCUACUGUUUUUGCUUUCAGUCUUUCGUAGCCCUAUGUGGGCAUGAAGCCUUGGUGGAAGAAUGCUUUCCUGCCCCUGAAUCUUCAUCAGAAUCAUUUGCUGUGGAAACAAUGGGGCCUCACCCACCUCUCCAGGUUCUUUCCCAUCUCUACUCAUCCCCUGUAUAGACUUUCAAGCCCUACUACUGCAGAGCAGAAUUCAUUCCUGUUCUUGGAAUCUAGAGAGUACCUACAGGCACUGUUCAAGGCAAUGGGCAUGACCAUGAAAAUGUCUUGUUUUCUCAUAGAAACUAGUCACCAACCUAAUUAACCAUCAAACAAAACAGCUCAUCAACAGUUGAGUCCUAAGUAAUCACCCCACUUAGGGCAAGUGGAGCCCAGAAGGAACUGAGAAAAUUCAGACAGAUUGGUUAAAGGAGAACUCUCUAGGGCAGUUGUACUAGAUGUCUGAGCCCCUAGAGACAUAGAAAUGUUUGAGACUCUGGACUUUGGUUAAGUCAACUUUUAGUAUGGUUAACGGCCCUGCUAUCUGGAGUGACUUCAGUAGAGUCAUGUCCAAGCCUGAAUCCUGCAUCUGAGCAGGUAUUCCACCCUAGUUAGGGAGAGUUCUGAAAUGAGUUUGCCAUGUAUCCAGGUCAUAGGAUGUCCCCAGUUCUCGCAGGACCAUUGCUCAGCUGUCCACCUCCAUUCCUUAUAAUUUCUACUGUGGAUGCUCAGCUCACGUCUCCAAAGCCACUGUGGGCUCCAGCCCUUGCUUCUGUCCUUGUCUACCCUGCUGGGGUAUAAGCUACAAAUCUGGUUGAAUAGACUUUACAAGUGAGACAUAUGUCUCACAAUCCCACCUGUCAACAAUCAGUGGCUUUAAGAGCUCACACCUGAAAAAUUAUUCUUCAUGGGACUUUUUAAACUCAAAUUUCAAGACAGGGUGAGUUUUGUCAGUUUUCUAGUCUGGACUCAAUCCACGUGGGCCUAAGAGCAAUGUGAGAUACUUAAUGCUUGGUUCGUGCUCAGCUGGAGUUAGAAUGGUCUCCAGGAUGACUUGCAGAACUUCCAACAAAAGGCGAUGAACUUGCCCCAAAGUUCAGACAGCCUUGAUGUAUAGAGAAAGCUUUCUGAAAGCUUGUCUGUUAGGGCAUAGCUAGAGGUCUGUGAGCUAACAUAGCAGAACUACAACCAGGGUAUUGUGCAAGAGCAGCAGAGCAGUUUCCUAGUGCCUUCCAGGGGUGUGUGCCCAUUCCUUCCAAGGACUGGUCCAGUUGGUGCUCAUGUUGUCAUUUUGCUUGAGGAGGUUGAGACUCAGUGGAACUAAGCAACCUCAGCUGAGGAGAGUGAGAGCAGAGGGUAUUGGGGUUGUAUACUCCUGUAUUCAUUGCCGGGACAGCUCUGCCCCAGCCAUGAUUCCCUUCUCAGCCUCCCCUUUAGGACUGGACUGGUUGGUUCAAGAAUUUAUGGUAUUUAUGGGUGUUGCCCAAGGGUCACUUCCUGGGAUUUGGUGGCCAAGUUGUUGGAUAAUAGUUUUCAGGAGGUCAUGGGGGUGGCUUGUUUACCCCAUGGUAUUAAAUUCUCCAAGAGUAUCUCCAGGUAGCUGUGGGCAGACUCCCCCAUACUGAAGAUGAACUAACACAUGAUGGGCAAGUUCUCUACCACAGAGCCACAGCUGCAGCCUUGAUUAUCUGUUCAUUUUUAUUUUAAGAUCAGGCCUUUCUAAAUUGCCCAGGCUGUCUUCAAACUCAUAAUGCACCCAAGUAAUGAGAAUGGCGGGUGUGCACCGCCAUGACUGCUCUGGCUGGAAUCUUAAAUGAAAAAAGUCAUUUCUCCUCUGGGUAUUUCUGUCUUUAGUCUGAGGCAGUCUGUGGGAAGAGGGAAAGUGACUGGCGCUGGCGCUGUGCUGUGGUGCUACCCACUUAAGCACCUCCCCACAGCCAUGCUGGCUGCCUGCCUCCUCCUCUAGUAUUGGAAAGGGACUUGGGGACUUGUAAGUGUUUGACCCCAGGUCUAGAGCCUGUGUGUGAAACACUGGUCCUGCCGGAGUGUCUGAUGCUUCUGGGAGAGAAUGUCUGUUCACAGCACUGGACAUAACUCUUCCCCCAUGGGCGACAGGACUUUUAAAAUAGGAUUUUCUUGCUUUUCAACUUAUUUUUAAUCAUGUAGGGGGGGGUGCGUGUGGGUGCAAGUGCCUGCAGAGGCCAGAGGCGUCACACUGACCCUGGAGAGGCCAGUGAAAACUCCAGCCAUUGCCCCAACAUCAUCCCCAGAGCUGGACUUUACAGGUAGUUGUGAGCUAACAUAGCAGAGCCUUGGUGGUGGGCCCAAACUCAGGUUUGUUGCAAAAACAGCACAUUUUUAACUAUUGAGCUGUCUUUCCAGUCUCCAGGCAAAAACUUCCUAACUUCUCCAUAGUUAUCUGCAUAUGACAUUUCAGAAAAAUUUCCUUUAGUAUUUUUGAUAGCUCCUUUCUUGGGGGGACCUUUAUGUUAGAAAUUCAGGGUCUUGCCUACUACAGGACACCCAUGUACUGUGCUCUGCAGUGACUCUGUAGCCCAAGACUGCAGGGUAGCUAUAGACACUCAGUGUCAAGAGCUGCAAAUACCAGCAUCCCUUUCAUGGUCAGGGUUUUGGGAAGCAUUCAAGACCUCACAGACUGUCCAGGAAAAAACAAAAGCACCAAGAAUAGCCACGAAUAGUGCAGCGAGGGCAGGCACAUGCCACAGCCCCAGGGCCUCUCCCACAGAAAUGCUCCCGUCACAGUUCCCACGGGACCCCUACGGUGUGCCGAGAGUGCUUAGCUUGCCCAGGUGUCACCCGUUUCCACCAUCAGACUUCACAUGGCACUCAGGCCUAGCAGGACCUAGGCCACCUCUGGGGAUCUGGGAAAUGUAAGUUUUGGUCUUUGCCACAGUGGUUCAGUGAAGACUCCACUUGUACUCACACUGAACCUGAAGAGGCCAUUGCUCCCACAUCAUCCCCAGAAGGGGUCCCCGAGACAAGGACCUAAAAGUCUCCAUCCCCAUGCCUGCGUUACCCUUAAAAACAAUUGUUGAUCAGACUCCACAGUUAGUAACCCACAGAGGAAUUAAACCCCAGGGAACUAUGCCCCUGGUCCUGAGUUCAGCAUCAGCUAGUACUGCGUGUCCAUCCAUCCAUCCAUCCAUCCAUCCAUCCAUCCACAGCCUGAGAUCUGAGUUGCUGUCAGGGAACACUGGCCCCCACUCUGUCCCUCGGUCAUUCUUGUGACACUGAUGCUGGCCUCUCUUCCCUGCUCGACUCUGUGGUUUCUCUCUGUGACUGUUCUGAGAGCCCUUGUACUCUUGUCUCCUUGUCUGGGCCCAGGAACAUGAGAUAACUCCCAAGGACACCCUUCCCUCGGUGACACAUUUCAUUCACCCAGGUCCCCCCCUCCCCGACCCAAAGUAUACAGAGCCACUCAAAAUACCAACCUCACCAUGUCACAUGAGCCUUGUCACCAAUGUCACAUGAGCCUUGGGGGGGGGUGGUCAUAUUUAAGCCAUAAUGUUGAUCUUUUUCUCACUAAACACCUAGGCCCGUGCUUUACCUUUUAAAAUCCUGAGCUUCUAUAUAGAUAGGUGUCUUAGUUAGGGUCUUAUUGCUGUGAGCGGACAGCAUGACCAAUGUAAGUUUUAUAAAGGACAACAUUUAACUGGGGCUGGCUUACAGGUUCAGAGAGGUUCAUUCAGUCCAUUAUCAUCAAGGCAGGAGCAUGGCAGCAUCCAGGCAGGCAUGGUGCAGGAGGAGCUGAGUGUUCUGCAUCUUCACCCCAAAGAACCCAGGAACACAGCAUCCCCAGGCAGCUAGGAGGAGGGUCUCCAAGCCCACCCACACAGUGACACACCUACUCCAACAAGGUCACACCUUCUAAUAGUGCCACUCCCUGGGCCAAGCAUAUGCAAAUCAUAACAAGGCUUCUUCUAUCUAGUGCCAUCUGUCCCCAGCGGCAUCUCAGACACAGCAAGAUGCCUGUAGGUUCCUUGUCUACCCUUCCUUGCUUAGGGGAUUUUCAUCUGAAACACUGUUCUGUUCCUCGUUGAUCCCAGCCUAGUUUGAAUGAAAUCAGCCUCACCAAACUGCUUUGUUAGGAUUCUUCCCCAGCCCCUAAUGCCUCACCAAGGCUUGCUAAGACUGUCUGAUUGUCUUUGCUGAGGCCGGUGGUAGUGCUUAUAGCGUGUGUUUUUUAACUUACUUCAAUUGUGGGUAUGGACUUCACGAUAGCCCCAGCACUCUGCCUGGAACAGUGAACGUUUCACUUCCGUACACAGAUGGCUGGCUGGCAUGUUUUCCAGGGCUGCGUUUCUAGGCUCUGUGGAGGAAACAUUGCCCUACCGAAUGCAGACAGGUAGCGUGCUGUGGUGAAAGCAGAUGCUCUGUGGAGCCCUUGACCUGGCACUUGGUCCUUGUCAUCUUCACAGAAAUGGAAGAGCUGGACAGAUGGCCAUAAGAAGGAACCACCAGUGGGCCAUAGGGCUCUGCCCGCUCCAAGUGGCUUCAUCACAGUAACAAGAGACUUGCCCUGUAAGCCUAAAGAGACAGAGGGCCUCAAGCUACACACAGCUGCAUCUGGUGAACACAGCUGCUAGGCCUCUCCUCCGUGCUUAGGAUUCAGAAUCCGUGCAGCCUACUGCAUUUGGCCUCACUGGUCUGGCAAGUGACUCAUGCUGGGCAGUCAGGCCUGUACUAAGGUCACAGGGCUUUUGUCACCUUCCCCUGGGCUCCUUUGGUGUCCCCUGGCCUUUGUCAGAGUUGGCUGCCUGAGCACCUCUAAAACAGAUCAGAAGCUAAGUAGUGUGCGCAGAUGAACACACUUUCCCUUUGGUCGUACCCUGCUUCUGCCUAAGGGGGGCCUUUUGGGUGGGGCCUGGCCUAGCACAGGGCAGUUUCCUUCUGGGGUAAGGUGAAGUACCUGCCUUGGCUGUCUUUCUGGCACUGGUCCCAGCCACCAUCUGGUCUUCCUUGCUCAGCUGUGUCAGCCGACAGCAUCUCACAUCUAAGCACACACGUUGGAAAGGGGCGGGACGUGCUGACCUGCCUGGAUUGAAGACGGCUGUGACUCUCUCUGCCCAUUCUGUUCAAAUUACCCAGGUGCUGAGUUCAACAAAGGCAGUGCCUUGAGGGUUGAGAGCUCCGAGGGCCUUAGGGACAGGUGUUAGCUGUCACCUUCUCACUUCAGAGUUCAUUUACAUAGAGCUCCGGUCCUUAAAGAGGUUAGCCACCAACUAUUCCUAAGAGGAUGAGAACAGGAAGCCCCCUCCUCCCCUCCUCCCUGCCUCUCUUUCUUAGGCACGGCCCAGUCUUUAGCCAUCUUGGAGACCUGUAUCAAUGGGCACCUGAAUCGAGGCGAGGAGUUGGCCCAUGGGAUGGACCUGGCAGGGCCUGCUGACCUCAGUCUGUCUACUCAUCGUUAACAGUGGUCAUAAUGUCUACCUUAGGGAACCUCUUAGUGAGGAGGCCCGGAGCACUGUGUGAUUCUGGAGAGCAGCGGCAGCAGCAGGUCUGCUUUUGUGCAGUCUCAGAGAGGAUCCACCUGCUUCUCAGGCCACCAGCCUGAUUCUUUAGCUUUGUUUCCUCUCGGUGGAACAUGCACGUUAAAGCCGGUUUAGGAAAUAUAUAAGAAUAAAGUCAAAAUUAUCAAGCCAAACCUCCUCCACAAAGCCAGUAUUAACAUUUUGGCCCCUUCGAGUCUGUCCUUUUCCCCUAGCUCUUCAUUCCUACAGAACACAGUGAGGGUGGGGACAGACCCCACUGUCCACAGCAUGCGUACAGCACAGUGACAGAAAAGGAGAGCGGAUGUGGCCCCUCGACAACUAACCUCCUCAUUGUGAGCACUCUGUCAGAGGCCUGGAGCUGCACCACUCUUGGAAGAACCUAAGUUAGGUGCUUCAGCCAGUACUUACCCACAGAACUCGUUGCCAUCCCCUCUAGGUGGGUCUGUGGUUAGGCUUGGAGACCCUCUGCAUAGAAAAAGAUUCGCAAGCAGCAUCCCGGACUCUCGCCCGCUUAGUAAGCGGUGUCAUGUGCCUCUAUCUGAGACUCCUCUCACCCUCUAGCCCCUACCCUGAACCCCUGAGGUUUGGUACCCAUUGAGCCAGGAGUGGAACACCUGGUACAGAGGAUUAUGGAGUUAGAUACAGAAACAGAAGACAUGGGGAAAACUAGAAUGGCUUAGCAUCCUGAGAAGGAAAAGGUGAUCUGAGAGGGAGGUAGAAUUAAUGCAAAUUUGACCUUUAACUGUUGGCUAACUGAGCUCAGUCCCAAGCCAGGAAACCAGGAGGAGAGACUCACUUCCUCCAAUGCUUUUCUCCGCUUGUACCCUCUGGCUUUCUACUCAGACAAGCCAGAGCUCUGGCCCACACAGGGGAUGAAAGGCUGUGGUGUGGUUGGUCCGCACUUGGAACUGCAUCCAGUUCUGGGCAGCCAGCUCGGAGGGUUUUGGAGCACAAUCCACUAGUGAGAGACUGUAGGCAGCGUGUUAUGGGUUAUCUCGGCAUCUUUUCUAUGCCUAGAUGAGUUGGCACCUGUGAAAUACACAGGCACCAGCAGGUGAUUCUGCCUAGGUAUCUGACCAGAAGAAAGUAAGAGUGACUGGAGGCUAAUUUGUUAUCUGGAGGUCUUGUAAAACAAAGAAGCUAGGUGAUUCUGGCAAAAACAGUUUCCAUGAUUGUUGAAUGGACGCAGACCCAUUUGUGUGACAGCCCUUAGUUGAUAGCCACUGGGUUCACUUCCUACAACGCAGCAGGCUUGGAUUGCUCAGUGGCCUGUAAGGUGUCUUUGGGGGUGUGUUUCUGAAUUGUCAACAGCUUCCACAUGGUGUUUGUGUCCUUGGCUUUUGGCGUGAGGCAGUCAGAUGAGGUCAUCGGCUUGGGUCCACUUCCUGAUCACUGAUCAUUUUAAGACACACAGAACAAAUUCUAUUCUUAGAGAACCUUCAAGGCUAAUGCACCCUGCCUGGUCUAAGGCCCAUCCCUUCCUCACCACCCACUCACCCCAGAAACAUCUCUUUUUUGUUGUGGAAAAUUACACAUUCACAAACUGUUUUUUUUUCCCCUCACAUCAAGCAUAUUCCCACAGAGCGACUGACUCUGGAAUGAUCUCAUGGGUGAAUCAUGCCAUUAUCCUGCUGUUUAUAAGAACCCGCCUUUAGACAAAGAUUUUGGCGUAAGCUCCACUAAGACCCCCUUCAUUGUCUGCCAGUCACCCUUCUGGGGAUGACUUACCUAUGAAGUGCUAGGUCUGAGAGGCCAAGCCUUCUCAGCUACAGCCUGCCAUUGUUCUACCUUUCUGUCAGCCGUGGCCUUGUUCAUUGACUUUGCACUUCGGUGGUGUAACUCUGCCUCUGUGUAAGCCAGGGAAACUGAUCCAAGAUGUUCACUGCACUUGAAGGAACAGGGCAUUAGCUCUGUAAGUGGACAAAUGCCAGGGAGAAUGAGCUUAUGAAAAAAAAAAUAUUGUCUUCAUUUAUGGCUUUGGAAGACUCUGUCUGUGAUUGGGGGAUCAUUCAUGCUAGCAUGGAGACCUAAGUUCAAUCCCUGGCACUCACAUGGAAAAGCCAGGAGCCAUGGUAAACAUUUGUAAUCCUCUACAGGUGCAGACAAAUGUAUCCCGCGCCCCUCUAGCCGGUGAGCCUAGCUUAUUAGGCAAACUCCAGGCCUAUGAGACACUGUCUCAAAAACCAAGAUGGACAGCUCCUGAGGAAGAACAUGUAGUUUCCAGUGGUUUCUGUGCGCACAUGCGUGCGCGCACACACGCGUGCGCACACACACACAUACACACACACACACACAUCCCUACACAGAGAUCUUCAGUCUGUGUUCCGCUCACCUGUGGUUCUCUCCCACUGGGCCCUGUCUCUUAGGGACUCCAUUGCCUCUCAGUAGUCUACCAGGCCGGGUAGUAAGCUAGCUCACAGCCUGGGGGCAGUCUAGACCCAAACCACAGCAGGCCACAAACAGGCUCUGUCCUGGAGUCCCUCCGUGUGUGAUCUCUUAAUUAAGACUCAUUCACAAAGGGCAUUUCCUUUCCCAAUUCAGUUCUCAGUGCCCUGCUUUCUCCUGGUCUUUUUGAAGGGUCUAGAAAUCCCAUUAAUAUUUAAUUAGCUCUUAAAUUAUUUACACAUCCAGGCAUUCGAGCCAUUGUUGUCCUUUAAAGAGCAAGUGCCUGGUGGUGCUCCCUGCCCACUUCCGUGACAGCACAGCAGUGUAGUUAGAGGUUAGGCAACCCCAGCUGAGGAGCGAAAGCCUGACGAGUACCUAACCAGACCACAGGUCUGUUUUCUCAGCUCCUUCCAGGGGUAAGUGUCCAAUGGUAUACUUUCUAAAAGUAUCAUUGUAUGGGGGGUGUGUGUGCGUGAUACAGAGGUCAGAGGAUGACUAUGUGGUGGUGAUUCUCUCCUGCUCUUUAGAGUGUUCCGGGGAUCACACUUAGCUCAGCCGGUUUGCACAGCUGGCACCUUUACCCACUGAGUCUCAAUCAUAUUAGAGCAAAUAUUGAUUCAUUGAUUUUUUUUUUAUUUUGAUAUUUUUGUCUCCCAGGGAAAGGACCCUGAACUUUUAUCUGACAGGGAGUCCUGUUUUCCCACCAAGAUAGUUCUGUACCAAGAUAAUGAUAACCAAAUGAGCCCUUUACGAAAGAUGGAAUCGGGAAUUGGCUGUGCAGUGGUUAACAGGGAGUAGGUAACCUUUGAGAACGUGAUAAUCUAGUUGUCUCAACAGUGGCGAAGAAGUUUGUUUUACUGUCGCAGCAGAGGCAAAGACAGGGUCCAGGGGCCUUCCUCCUGUGGGCUCACAGGACUCCAGGUCAUGGUACACCACUGUGAGGGAUGCCGUGGCCCCUAUAAUGAACCAACCUGGUUUUCACAGGACUUAAUUUUAACUGUUCUCUCCAGCACGCUUUCAUCUCCCUAUUGCCACAGCCCCUCCCUGGACCCACUGCAGCCCCUCCCCUUCCCCCACUGACUGCUUCAAAUGCUGGUCUUUGUAUUUGCAAACUGUUGAAGCUGCAGCAGACUGAGAAUUAUGAGUGGGGAAGUCAGUCCAAGUUGCCCUGUCAGCCCAAGCGAGGGCAACAAGGAAUUAGAGCCUGAAGUUGCCGACGGUGUUCCCCUACUCUGGCUUCUCUGAGAGUAGGAUGUUCUCCUACAACCUAAUAAACCAUGUUUGUCCUUGGGCAAAAGUACUGAAUUUAAACCUUAAUAUGUGCGAUUCUGGGAAUACCAGAGUGAUAUCUAAACUUGCUUUAAAAACAAAAAAAUAAAUAAAAAGACAGGGAUUCCUAUGCAGGCCAGGCUGGCCUGGAGCUCAUAAGAGACCAAUCUACCUGUGCCUCCGAGUGCUGGGAUUAAAGGUAUAUGCCACCAUGCUACAAUGCCUCUGUGAUUUUAAAAAUAAUCUGGAGUCUAAGUAAAUUAGUAUUUGAACCCUACUAUAGCUGGGAUUAAAAGAGGAUCCUCUAGGCUUUUCAAGGAAAGCCCAGCUUGACUCUGAUUCUAAUGGCUUUAACUACUGAUCCCUGACCUCAUACUGUGGGUUUAAGGCUAGCAUGUGAGUCUAUGGAUCCGCUUCAUAACUGUUUUAUAAGAGUUAGAACAGUGGUCUUAGAAAAUGUGAUUUUUAUCCCUACUCCUGAAACUUUUGCUUAAUUCUUUUUCACUGGAUGCUUUUGGGGUACAUCUGUGCAAACAACUUCUACCCCCUUUUCUGCAGGUAACCCCAGCCAUUCAGGCUUUGGAGAUGCCUUGCCCAGGGCUCUCUUGUUCUUUCUGCACUCACAUAGAAGACCAAGGUUGUUAUCCGUAAUAUUAGGGAGCCUGUUGUGAAAUUACUGCUAUUAUGUCAGUCAAGUGUAGCUCCAAAAGGACAAUUUCCUGCAGUCGAUGAUAAUAUCAGGUUUCGUUGACAUUGCCUGGAACACUUAGCAGGAAAAACCCACCCCGAGAGGAUAGUCUGGCCCCUUGCGUUUUUAGAUCCUGACUCUGUUCUACCCAGGAAUUCAGGAAAGGAAAUGGAUACUUGGGCUGAGGAUGUUACUCAGUUAGUAGAAUGCUUGCCUGAUAUGUACAAAGCCCUGGGUUUGAGCCCCAGUACCACAUAAAUCAGUACGCCCACAUUUUCCAGCACUUGGGAAGUAGAAACUGAGGGACCAGAAGUUCAAGAUCAGCUUCUGCUUCGUAGUGAGCUCAAGGCUAGCACCGUCUACAGGAGAUCAGAUCUUAAAGAAAAAAGUUCUGUGCUCAUCAGAAAUGUCAUGGAUGGGCUUUGUUUUCUGUGAUGUGGGUAUCCAGGCGGCACAUGUGUGCCUGCACUCUUAACUCGCGCCUACCAAGAACUGGGUCCAGUCGCGAUGGCAGCUUGAGAGAAUGCUCAGAAACGUGUAUCUCAACAAUUAAAGUCACCCAUGUCCUAGAGUAGCUGUCAUGUUGGAUUCCAUGUUGGAUUCUAGCUACAGCUGAGAGGAUUCUCCAGUCCUUUCAAUCUGUUAUCCUCUCUCUUGCCAUCCCUACACAAGGUUUCAUAAUGACCUUUUUCAGUCUCUAAGACUGUAUGACAUGAGGCCUAGGGCAGCGUUUCUCCACCUGCGGGUCAUAGACCAGAUCUCCUGCAUAUCAGCUAUUUACAUUAAGAUUCAAAACUUAGGAAGUAGCAACAAAAUGAUUUUAUGGUCGGGAAACACCACCACAUGAGGGACUAAACAUCUCAACAUUACAAAGGUUAAGAGCAUGGUCUGGGGACCCUUUAAUGCCUCGGACCUGGAGGCCACACACUAGUCAUUGUUCCCUGGCGUGCCCUGACACUGCCUGUUCCCCCGCGCUCCUGACUCCUCCAGGCCAAAAGAUUGCCCAUGCCCUGCUCACUUGUAGGUUGUGGACUUCACUUAGGCUGGGAAUACUUGGUCAUGGAGCACUGAUAGAGGGGCAAGCAGGAGGCCUGUGGUUGUCAUGGAUCCCCACUGAGGAUCACUCUGAUGUGUGCAUCACCCUUCCUGCCUCUUGGGUGCCUGGCACAGUUUACUCAGUGAGCAGUGGCCUGAAAGGUAAACAUUAGAGGCUACAGACAACAAAUGGCUAUAGUUGGGGGGGGGGGGAGACCAGAGCCACAUUAUUAAACACAUUGUAUGUGACAGUGUGGUUUUGUCAUGAAAAUUACCAAUGGAUUGAAACACUAAUUUAGCCCAAUAUGGUAGCCAUUACCCAUUUACAUUAAGUUGAUUAAAAUUUCAUACAACCUAUAUGGGCAUGGUGGUAUAUACCUAUAACCCCCAACACUCUAAGAGGCUGAAUCAGAAGGGUCAUGGGCUAGCAUAGGCUGUGUGUUCUCUCUCUCUCUCUCUCUCUCUCUCUCUCUCUCUCUCUCUCUCUCUCUCACACACACACACACACACACACACACACA